AUGGGAUUCAUAGAUAUUAUCAAGGAUUAUUUGCUCAACACUUCAAUCCACGGUGUUCGGUUCAUUGUGGACGACUCUUAUCACAUUGCUGAAAGGAUUUUCUGGAGCAUCUGCGUUGUUAUCUCUUGGUUUGGAUCGGCCCUACUAAUCGAUGCCUCUCUGGAGGCUUUCCGUACCAGCGCAAUUUCGUUUGUCGUAGAGACAAACUACCGUGACUGGAACACUGAAUUCCCUUCAAUAGUAGUUUGUGAAAUGCGCAAUAUGGAACGAAUUCAAGUAGUAGCUGAUGAAUUAUGGGGUGAAGAUCACGAUUUCGCAAUGGAAGAAGUUCUCAACGAAAUUGCUUUCUUCCGCGGGGAAUCAUAUCACACUGUGAACGAAUGCACGGGCGAUGAUCCUGCGGAGAAUUGUUUCUCUAGUAAUUUCUCACAUUUUGCUCGCCUGGUUCGAAGUCCAUGCGAACGUACUCUUGAGGAGUGCUACUGGAAUGAUCAACCGUUUGAUUGUUGCAAAUAUUUCCAACCUAUGGAAACGGAAAUCGGUCUGUGCUAUGCAGUGAACUCGGUUCAAACCAGCGCCAAAGUCCCGCUUAAGAUCGAUAUGAUAUCGAACAAAACUACCGGCCCAGGACGGUUGAAGAUUACCCUUCUGACCGAAGCAUACGUGUUUACCCUAGGAGAGGAAGAUGUCCCAAAUUUAAUAACUCCAAAGUCAGAGGUUUUAAUUAUUGAUGCUUCUGUGGCAUACAAACGACAAAUCUCCAUCAAGAACAUUGCAAAUGAUCCAGAAACAAAACAAGUCAAUGUAGAGCAGCGCAAGUGUCGCUAUCCAGACGAAAAUAAUUUGAAUGUUCACGCUUACUACAGCUACAGUGCCUGCUCGGUUCAGUGCCGGAAAGAUAAACAAUUAAAGACCUGCAAUUGUACCAGCCAUCUGAUGCCAAACACCGAUCCAUCCCAGAAGUGCAACAUAACCGGUCUGGUCUGUUUGAAUGCACACUACGAGGACCUGACCGUCGUAAUCCCGCGUUGGUCUACCGGGAAGGGCGUCGUCUGCGACUGUUUGCCCUCCUGCACGGAGCUAGACAUUGCAGUGGUGCACGAUUCGCGCGAAACUCUGUACACGGAAAAACGCCUCUCCACGCUUGAUAUCGAACUGUCCGCACUGCCGACGGAACGUUACAAACGCAAUGUGGUCCGUGGCCGGCUCGAUCUGGUAGUCUCCGUAGGGGGCACCACCGGCCUGUUCGUCGGGGCGAGUUUGCUUUCGUUCGUCGAGAUUGUCUAUUACUUUACGAUUCGUCCCUAUGGAACGACCGUUGCGAGGAAAAGCUCCCCCACAGGCCCACCCAAAUAA